CCAGGAAGACGGAGAUGAUGAUGUAUUUUUAAAUUGACAUAGGUGUAGAGAGGCAUCAUUCAAUUAAAGCUCCCGUGAGAAUCUACUAAGCAAAGCAUCUUCCACUUUAUUAUUUGGAAAAUACCACUACGUUACUUUUUCUAAAAUUUACCUAGAACGGUAACUCAAAGCGGAAACCAGCGGCACAAUGGGGAUCACUAAACUGGCUGAUUUAAUACGCUCAGAUGCUCCUGGUUCUAUAUCUUAUAAGGAUAUCACUGACUACACAGGAAGAGUAAUUGCACUCGAUACCUCUAUUAUUUUGAACCAGUUCCGCGCAGCGACGCCUUCACUGAGCCCCCUGACAGGUCUCUUCUUUCGCACGCUCACUUUCCUGGAACAUGGCAUAAAACCGGUCUUUGUGUUUGAUGGAAAGCCUCCUGGGGAAAAGACGCCUGUUCUUGAGAAGCGAGCCGAGACAGCUGGUUGGAAUUACUCAAACCGGACAGGCGCAGCGUCAUCGCAGACCAAAGAAUGUCAUCAGCUCCUGAAGUGUCUGGGCGUACCUGUUAUCCAGGCUCCAGGGGACGCUGAGGCACUGUGUGCUCAGCUGGUGAGAGAGGGAAUUGUGUACGCUGUGGCGUCAGAGGACAUGGACACGCUGCCGUUUGGAGCCAGUGUUCUUAUUCGUCAGCUGAAUGCCAAGAAGGACAGUGAAGUCAUUGAAUAUUCCUUACCCAAGCUGUUAGAAAAACUCCAAAUUACUCAUAAGGAGCUUGUUGACUUGUGCAUUUUGCUGGGCUGCGACUACUGUGACAAGAUACCCGGUUUGGGUCCUAAGAGAGCGCUGACCUUGAUCCAGAAGCACCGUACCAUAGAGAAUGUGGUUUUGCAUAUCAACAGACAGACCCAUCCUGUACCACGUUUAUGGAAGUACGAAGAAGCAAGGAAGAUAUUCUUGGAAUCACCACAAAGCCCAGCUCCUGAGCUCAUCUGGAAGGAGCCAGAUGAGGAGGCCUUGGUUGAGUUCCUCUGUCACACCAAGCGAGUUAAGGAGGAGAGGAUCCGUAAACGUAUGGUGAGAUUCCGUGACAUGCUGGAAAAUAAACGGGAGGAGAAGGAAAAGGCAGAGGGUAAUGGCAGGCAGACUCGCAUGGAAAACUACUUUAGAGUGACUAGAAAGAGAGCACAGCCUGCGGAAGCUGCAAGCUCCUCAACCAGCAAUGGAAAGAGAGCAAAGUCAAAAUAAGCAUGUGGCAGUUGUCUGCCCCUCAAGGAUGGAAGCCUUAUUGACUUCUGUCUGGACUUCAAAAAAAUCAUGGACCGUUUCAAUGUUGUAUACACGCCAUAAGAGAAAUGUUAUUGAUCUUGUGUGACAC